AUGGCAUUCAGAAUUCACGAGGACCAAGAGAACUCAGCGUUGGCGCUAAGAAAGGAAAAUGCUGAUGUUUUUUCGGCUGUUAACCAGAGACGUGCACUAGGCGACCUUAGCCAUUACGCCUGUAAUCAAAACCAGAACAACAAAAUUCCCGGGUUAACAAAUGGACCAUGCAAAGUUCAGGACGAGAACAGAAAAAUACGUCAAAUUAAGAAUGAGAAGAAUAUUGUUCCUCCUGUGGCACAAUUUCGCGCGUUUAACGUGUAUGAAGAUAAACCUACUGAAGUAGAGGUAAAAAAACGUGAGCCUACAUUUAAGCAUUUCAUUACUAAGGAUAUCAAGAAGGAAAAUUACUUUAAAAAUGAGGCUGAAAACGUCAAAGCUCUAUGUGCUCAAAUCAAGAAACAAUCAGAAUGGCAGAAAGAUGCACCUGUGGCAAGACUUCCGUUACAAGAAAAAAAGGAUCUUGAGUCUCCUAUGUCCAUUGUGGACUCAAGCAUUCUGUCAAUGUCUAUUUCUAAAAAUGAGAGCCAACUGCUUGACAGCAUUGAUGAGGAUGAUGCUGAUGCUGCCGCUACAGCCCAAACUGAUAGAGAAAUGUUUUUCCAUGUGGAAGAAUAUCGUCAAGAUAUUUAUGAAUAUAUGAGAGAGAUUGAGGUGAAAAACAGAGCAAACCCCCGCUAUAUGCGUAAACAGCCAGAUAUCACUCAUGUGAUGCGUUCCAUUCUGAUUGACUGGCUUGUGGAAGUGUGUGAUGAGUAUGGACAGCAAAGUGAGACUCUACACUUAGCUGUAUCUUAUGUGGAUCGAUUUCUGUCAUACAUGAGUGUGGUACGGACUAAACUGCAACUUGUAGGUACUGCUGCCACAUACAUUGCUGCGAAAUAUGAAGAAGUAUAUCCACCUGAGGUGUCAGAGUUUGUGUAUAUUACUGAUGACACAUACACAAAGCGUGAAGUGCUGAGAAUGGAGCAUCUUAUACUGAAGGUUCUGUCUUUUGACCUAUCGACGCCUACCUCCCUUGCAUUCUUGUCACACUACUGCAUUUCUAAUGGACUUUCUAAAAAGACAUUUCAUUUAGCAGCCUACAUUGCCGAAUUAAGUUUGCUGGAAGCAGAUCCGUACCUACAAUUCAAACCUUCAGUGAUUGCUGCAAGUGCUCUAGCUACCGCUCGACAUUGUCUACUCUGUGAUCACUGUUCAUAUGAUGAGGUUGACUGUGCACUUGAACGGACUAUGUUUAUUUCUAAGGGUACGAAUGGAUCUUAUUCGGAGGGUGGUGUACACCUCUCGUGUGGGGUAGCAGCGUGGCCGCCAGCGUUGGCGGAGAGCUCUGGCUACUCACUCGCCGACCUCGAAACAUGUCUGCGGGAACUGGCGCGAUCACACACGCAUGCACGCCGGCAGCCAUACCAAGCUAUUCCCGACAAGUACAAGAGCAACAAAUAUGAGGCUGUGUCGACGAUUGAACCCAGACCAAUGUAUCCAGUGCCAAAAUAUGAAGCUCCGGCGCCCGCCAAUAAUGCAAGACCAACGACCACUGAAGUAGCGCGCGCGAGCUAG